CAAGUCGUCAAUAUGGCCCACCAGUUGAAUAGCGACAUAGCCAAUAUCACCAAUCAUAAAUAUGUGGCUCACCAAAUAGCUUUACUCUAUCAAUCUAUAUGCACAAAUGCCUUGAAGAAAUGCACUUUCCUGCAGCCAUAUCAAAAAAGCAUCGAAGACAACUUUAAACAUGUGAAGAACACAAUAAACAGUUCUGGGGAUACCCCACAUGUUACUCAACAGCAAAAACAGUGGCUCUUGGAUUUGACUAGUGGCAUAGUGAACACCGCUGUCUCCCAACUACGCAGCAUCAUUCCUCCUGACAUUGCCAUGGUUACCAGACCUACGAAGUAAUCUCUACCAUAGCAACAUACUUUAACCUUUGCAAAACG